AUGGCGCUUGCGCAGCGCUCGGCGUGCCGCUUCUUUGCGGCCUUCUAUAGAUGGGAGUUACACACUCGAAACACACAACUAUGUGCCUUGAACAGUACACACUACCGCAACCGCAUUGGCCUCCCGCAGCACUACCACACAACUCGUCUUCUCAGACAGCAAGCCCAACCUGAAUCGCAAGUGCAGGAUGAGUCUGCCAUCAAUCCUAGUGAUGAUAUCAGAGGGAUGGCAAAUGGAACAGAAAUACCAGUGCUUCAGCCAGCAGACAGUAUACGGGAGGAAAUAGCAAACAGCCAGCCAAGCACCGAAGAGCACGACAUCUUACCCGAAGUCUCCGAUUCUGAGCUAAAGCAGGCAAAAUUGAAAAACUCUGUUCGUCAAUUAAUGCGCAACGUGCCCAGCUCUGUUGCGGUCAUCACGGUCGUACACACUGACCCCGAGACUGGAAAGCAUGUACCUAUGGGCGUCGCUGUCUCUUCACUCAGUACCGUUAGCCUGGAUCCACCCACUAUUUCCUUCAAUAUAAAAGAGCCGUCCCAGACUCUAGAUGCAAUCCGAGCUGCAAAUGGCCUUUUCCGUGUCCAUUUUCUGGCAGCUGAAAGAGGAGGCGCCAAUGUAGUGGACCUCUUCUGCCACGGGAAUAGUGCUGAGACAUACAAUCGGCGAGCUAAGAGGCUGAAGCUUUAUCAGCCCAAAGACAAAAAGCACCCCGCCACAACACGCUCCUGCGCACCACAGAUCUUGAGUGACUCUGUGAUAGCUGCAAUGGAAUGCGAAGUCACUCAUCAAUUCCCCGUUGGCGACCACGUUAUUCUCGUUGCAAAAGUCGACAGUAUGGAACACAAAGCUUCAAAAGGGCCAGCUAUCCUCUACAUUGACAGAAGAUACCGGAACCCCAAGGGUCCAAUUGUCUACUCUUCGGAGAGGGCACAAGCGUCCACUAGCGAAGGUGUCUCGUCAUUCUGGAAACAUCCUUUGUUUCCAGGCGACAAGGAGCGACGAGAAUACAUGAAUGAGGUCAAGAAACUGAUAAAGGCAAACCCCACCUAUUACAAGAACCCAACAAAAGACACGUAUCGGAUCAUUGAAAGCAAUCUACCAUAUCCUGCGUCAAGUCUCGGCAUAAGUGUGGAGCUACUUGUUGCAGAGUGUAGGAAGGAAAAGAAACUCCCUAAUAAAAUCAAGUCCGGACAGGAGAGUCAACAAGUGCUCAGUGACUUUUACGGGCUGUUGACACCAUCUAUGAGGCAGCAAAUUGUAGACCGGGCCACGAAGUUGAUCGAAACAGACUCGCGCUUCCUGUCACAACAUUACCGGAUCUUCUUGUACAACCUGGGUGUCAGUCCUAACAGUAGAGAUUUCUUGCCUAGCGACAUUAUGGAACCUCUGCGAGCUGCAAAUCUAGCACCACCGUUCGAUCUGCAAAGGCAACCUGGGGACAUGUCGAGAGAGGAUAUACGGAAGAUCGAGCAGAUUGAGCACCGUCUUCGGGAGUAUCUUCGAAAGAUGAGUUAUACGGUUGCACUGAAGGAGCCUUUUGAAAAUGCAAUGGUGGAAAUUGGUGAAAAGAAAUUGGAUGCUCUACAUUUCAAAAAGAGUCGCGCGCGUCUCCUUACCCAGACUCACCCUUCGCUCUUCGAUGCUUCGGCAAUAGAUAUCUCUGGAGAAGUGACCCAAGAAGAACUCCGUGUAGUUCUCUCCCGGAUCAUCAAUCGCCUACAGAUUUAUUCUGAAACCGAGUUCCGGAAGCUUGUCCACAUUGAUUGGUGUGAGUCUUUGCGUCGACUUGGCGUGAACCCUACUAUCACAGGUAUGGAUGUGGAGUUCCUGAUGGGCAAAAUCAAGCACAUAUUCUACUCUACAGAGCACUUCCGAGACUUCCCACGUGCUAUCGACGAAAUGUUGCAGCCUUGGUUUGUUUGGAACGUUGAUUGGGACGAUCUGGAAGAGCGUGUCAAGCGAUUUGUCCAGACAAUUCCACUGCGCGCUACGGCAUGGUCGAGGAAGGACAGACUUGCUGCUAUGGGCAUACACUGGAGAGCAACAGUCAAUCUACCAAAGCAAAAUACUGCCGAUGAAGAAGUCAGACAAUCUCUCGACGAAGGUCACAUUAUCGAUACACUCGUCGCAAAAGAGCUGAAGCGCCAUUACGGCAACGGUAGUGAGGAGGAGAACGCCGCCAUCGCCAAAUACUUGAAGGAAGUGUAUGAAUUCGAUGUCACACACAAGCCAAUCGAGUACGUUCCUGCAGAAUCCACGGCUCAGUCAUCGGCAGACGAGAUGCAGCAAGCUAUGAUGGCGGAUCUUACUCCUGUCCAGGAACAAGUAUGGCUAGAAUCACCGGGAAACAGCCGUAUAAAUACCAAGGCGAACUACAAGGGACAUAAGUCUCUGAAGAAAUCAGGCACAUUUUCGUUUGGCGGAUAG